CAGAUCAACAUGCAGGAGCAGAAAUACCGAGAGCUCCAAGAGAACUACACCGGCCUACUCAAGGAGUUCGAGAAGCUGGUGGAAAAUCACCUACUUGUCCCUCGAGAGAGUGUCCUGCUGCAGAACUGCCAACCGAGGGAGUCAGGGGCCGCUAGUAAGACCUGCCUUUAUUGCCCCCCAGGGUGGCAGCUGUACGAGAAGUCCUGCUACUUGCUGUCUCCGCAUGCGCUUAGCUGGCAGGAGAGCCUGCAAUGGUGUCAGAGGCAAGGAGGUCACCUGGCUGUGAUUAAAAGUGAAGACAAGCAGUAUUUCAUGCAGGGGUUUGUGAAGAGGACCUCCUGGAUCGGAUUGUCGGACCGGGAUAUAGAAGGAGACUGGCGCUGGGUAGAUGGAACCCCAUACGAUACGACCCUCAGGUUUUGGAUGUUGAACCAGCCGAAUAACAUGGGUAAUGAAGACUGCGUGACGGUGACCCCGGGCUCCGGCUGGAACGACGAGAAAUGCUUCAGGUUCUACAGCAGCGUCUGCGAGCGCAUAGCCCACCAGCUCCGGUGGAACGGCGACGUCCUCAGCAACUGACCUACAGAGGACACGUCCCAUCAUCUCAGUACCUUCUGGCCUUCAGGAGACAAUGACCCUCGUCUGCAGACCGUCUCACUGGAAACAUAAUAAGCUUCUGUUGCGUUUUUUCCAUGUAAACCUCUGACCCUCUGUUAUCCUGACCUUUCUCUUCCUGUUGAAUCCUUUAAGUGUCGCGUGUGGUUUUCUCUUACUUUCACUUUCAUUUCCGAUAAAUUCAAAGAAAUGACAGGAAUAAAGAACCCACUGGAGCU